AUGGAUGAAGCUUCGGACAUGGGCGAGGAAUUACAAAAGUAUUUUGACAACUUAAUUGCAAGAAUUGACCGUCUGAAAGCAAUAACCAUGACGGAUCGUGAUGGAGUGGUAUUGAUACAAGCAAGUACUUCCGGCACGCCGCCAAAAGUAUUAGAGCCAAUGCUGUCAACUACUUUCGCAGCUGUGAGUGAUCAAGCAUCCAGACUGGGCUUAAAAAGGAACAAGUCACUAGUGAGCUUCUUUGAACUCUAUCAGGUUGUUCAAUUUAAUCAUUCCCCAUUGAUCACUACGUUAGUGGCUGAUGCAGAUUCAAAUACUGGUAUCUUACUGAGUCUUGGAGAUGAAUUGAAAGAAAUAGCUCAACUUGUGGCAACCGUAACACACGAACGAUAA